AAUGCCGUGCCGGAUACACAACUGGGACUCAGCGCCGAAGAGAUUCAGCUGCUUCGGCAAGGCCAGGCGGCUUUGGGAGGCGGCGGAGGUUCGGCAAGCUCUAGGGCAGCCAGCAGAGCCAGCAGCCAAGGUCUCUUGAUGCUGGAUAGCUCAUCGCUAUCAGCCCUGGGGCGAUAUUUUGAUCGAUUGAUGGCCGGCAUCGAGCAGAACAUCCGCCAUCUCAGUGAACAAGCCCAAAUGUUCACACAGGUUCAAUACGACCGAGCCGGCAACAUCAUUGACGGCGCCGAUGCCGAAAUUGCACGAUAUAUGGACAUCUUGCGGCAGCUUGAUGAACUCGAGGUCGAUUUCGACAGGAUAGCCCAUAUCAAGGAGAUUGUCAAGGGAUACAGAUCAAGGGUCGAAACGCUAGAGAGAGAUUUGGAGAGUAGCGGUGGCUCGUCAAGCCGACACAAACAU